AUGGCCGACGCAGAGGAGAAGGCGCGCCAGGAGAAGAUCGCUGCCGCCAAGAAGCGCGUCGAGGCAAUGAAGAAGAAGAAGAAGGGCGGCGCAUCCAAGAAGAAGGGCGACGCAUCCAAGGAGGAGCCAAAUGAGGAGCCUCCGGCCGAGGACGCAGAGCAGCCCGAGCCAUCGACCGACGCCCAAGCAGCGGAAGCGGCCGAGGAGAAGCAGCCUCAGCCCGAAGAAGCCGCCGCCGAUGACGACAAGGCAGACGAUGCGUCCACGCCGUCUCUUGCGCAACAGUCCAAGAUGCGCUCCACCUCCUUCCGCGCGGGCGCUGGUGCGGGCGCAACGUCCUCGGGGGCCGAGGGCGGCGACACUGCACCAGACAUCUACCGCAAGCACGUUGCGCGCAUAGAAGAGCUAGAGAAGGAGAACAAGCGACUGGAGAAAGAAGCCGGCGACAGCGAGAAGAGGUGGAAGAAGGCUGAGGAUGAGCUCGCCGACCUGAGGGAAGCCGAGGGCGAUGCGCCCAAGGGCGAUGAUGUCGAGAAAUUGAAGAGCGAAAUCGCAUCACUCGAACGACAAAACACGCAGCUCCAGCAACAAGUGUCCAAAUCAGGUCAUGGCCACCGCGCGUCCGUGUCUGUCGCAUCACCGCCUCCCGAUCUCCAGGCCGAACUGGACAGCAAAGCCUCGACCAUUGAAUCGAUGGAGAUUGAGCUUUCCCAGCUCAAAGCCCGCCUCGAGCGCCAGGAGUCCGGGGCCGAGACGGACAAGGGGCAGGUCUCCGCCCUCGAGGAGAAGCUGGCGCGCGCGGAGGCGGCCGCAGGCAAGGCACAGCGCGAGCUGCAGGACGUCAAGCGCAACCUGGACCGUACGGCGGAAAAGGCAGUCAAGGAGGGCAGUGCGCGCUCGAGUGCCGAGACAAAGGUGCACAGCCUGGAGACGGAGCUCACCCAAGUCAAGACCGCCAAGGAGGAUCUGGAGAAGAAGCUCGAGGCUGUCGAAAAGAAGGUGUCUACUUUGACGACGCUGCACAAGGAGCAAGACGGGAGGCUACAAAGUCUACGGAAAGAGAAGGAGGCCGCGGAGAAGGAGCUUGGGGAGCUCAAGUCCAAGGUCGAGAGCUUGGAAAGCGAGAAUACAAAGCUCAAGAGCCGCAAGUCUACAGAGGGCGGUGGUGGUCUUGAUGACGAGGGCGUGGAUGAGCUCGAGAACGAGGAGCGCAUGAAGCUGGAGCGCAAGAUCCGUAGCCUCGAAUCCGAGGUGCACGAGCUCCGCAGCGGGCACUGGAUCGACAAGCGACGUGAGAUGGAGGCCACUAGUCCUGGCUUCCAGGACGUCGACCUGUCAGGGGGCCACGCGCCGCCAAAGAAGGCAUCGCACGGCGGUGGUGGUGGCAUUGGCGAGUUCUUUACGAGCGGAUUGAAUGCGCUGGCGGGCACGGAUGACCUGCUCCCCGACGACGACGACAUGGACUUUGACGAGGAUGCGUUUAGGCAGGCGCAGCAGGAAGAGGCCAGUCGAAGGCUGGAGAGGAUCAAGGAGAUCAAGAGGUCGCUGAAGCACUGGGAAGGCUGGAGGCUGGACAUUGUCGACGUGCGGCGUGGGGGCGGCGAGGGCCACGGUGACAUUUUCGAGGUGUAG